AGUGUGUGUGAGGCACAGAGCGGAUCAGUAGGUGAGUGGACGUGAGGAUUACCACCAGGGACAGUUGCUAUGGGGGAAGAGAAAGGGGGAAACAGACCGGGAUAGAGGGGAAACACUUGCCCAAGAGAGAGCGGGAGGAAUCCGAGGGUACAUCCACGAGGACGGACUGCUUGUUUUGUGGAAUUGGGUUGUUCCCUCACUACGAUAUCUGGACAUCAACCACAACGGCUACCAUGUACAGUGGAUAUGGAGGGAGCCCGUCCCGAUCCCUCUCCACCAUGUCGCUGUCUGUUCGCCCAACCAGGCGCCUCACCUCCAGAUCCAUCACUAGGAGCCAGAGCUUCACUGGAGUCAACACCCACGACAAGACCUACAGGAACCUCUCGGUGUUCAGCGCUCCAGCUCUCAGCAGGAAGCCCAGCAGAGCCAGUAGAAUGUUCAACCUGUCCACCAAGUCCAACCCACCACCCAAGGUCCCUCAACCGGAGCGCCUGGACCAGAUCUACGAGGCCCUGAAGAAAGGCCUUCAGUCCUACCUGCAGGUUCAUCAGAUGGAGUCGGACAGCCUCAGCCGACAGAUGAAAGAAUCAAAAAGGAACUCGAGGCUGGGUUUCCUCUAUGAGUUGGACAAGCAAGUGAAGGUGACGGAGCGGUACAUCAGACGACUGGAGUUUCACCUCAGCAAGAUCGAGGAGCUCUACGAAGCCUACUGCCUGCAGAGGAGACUUCGGGACGGAGCCAACAAGCUGGCGAAGGCUUUCAAUGCCUCGCAAAUCAGCAAGGAGGCCAAAGAAAGUUUAGCGGAAGCCAAUAAAGGAUACAAAGAGUACACGGAGAACAUGUGUUUGUUGGAGAGCGAGUUGGAGAACCAGCUGGGGGAGUUCCACAUCCGAAUGAAAGGUCUGGCGGGAUUCGCCAGGUUGUGUGCUGGUGAUCAGUAUGAGGUCUUCAUGAAGUUCGGCAGGCAGCGGUGGAAGCUCCGGGGCAGAAUAGAGCUCAACGGCAAGCAGGUGUGGGACAGCGAGGAGACGGCGUUCGUGCCGCUCGUCAGUGAGUUCCUCUCUGUGAAGGUGACGGAGCUGAAGGGCUUAGCCAAUCACGUGGCGGUGGGGAGUGUUUGCUGCGAGACCAAAGACCUGUUUGCUGCCCUCCCCCAGACGGUUGCCGUGGACAUUAAUGACCUUGGGACUAUUAAACUGAGCCUUGAAGUCACCUGGAAUCCAUUUGAUAAAGAUGACCUGGGAUCAGUGGCAAGUUCUGUCAACAAAGUCUCCACCGUCAGUAAGAGAAUCUCUAUCAUCUUCAACUAGAGUCCUCCUGACACUAAGUCAAUACGCGCUGCUCUUUUCCAGAACAUGCUCCGGCGUCACGAGGAGUUUGAGAAUGGAACGGCGUGGUCUAAUUCAUCAGAAUCCUCCGACGACUCCUCCAGUCCUCGGCUGUCUGCGGUCGGCCUGCGCGGCUCUGCGCGUCACAAGUCCGUGGUGGUGACCCCAGACAUCCAGCCAGCUGCGAGCGGGAGGUCCUCCUCUCAGCCCGACGUCUCCUUCCGCUCCUCCGCUCCACCAAACCCCGCGCCGAGGGUCGGCCCGCUCCGGGAAGCCGCCGACUCCUCCGGAGACCAAACACAGAGCAACGGGGAGGAGGAAAAGGGCCCGGCCCCGGUGAUGACCGGACCCGACGGCGAGGACCGGGACGCGGCGGCCACCACCACCGACGGCCACUCCUCCCGCGGCUACUCGCGCUCCCUGAGCCACAUCAGCGAGAACAGCGCCGACGGCGCCGCGCCGACGGACAGGCCGGCCGAGUCCGGGGAGGCGGCGCCUUUGGCGUCGGGGGGGCUCUCCGUGAGCGACGUCGAGAUGGAGCUGCCGAGCGGCACCCCGGGGACCACCCCCCGCCGCGCCGACCCGUCCGGCUCCGGAGCGGACGCGCGGCCAGAGAGCGUGGACCUGACGUACGUGGCCCGCCGGGUGUCUGUGGAGGAGGAGGAGGAGGGCGGCGCAGGAGCAGAUUGUCUGCCCCAGGAGGGGGGCGGUCCGGUGGACAGUGGGCUGGAGGACGCCCUGGUGGCCGUGAUUUCCUCUUUGGAUGAUUACAGAGGACAAUUCCCCGAGCUGCAACUGCUGGAGCAGGAGCUGAGGCUGCUGCAGGUCACGCUGAAGGGCGGCCGGCGCAGCCGGACGGCCAGCGUGGCCAGCCUCGCGGUGGAAACGGCUCUGGGCAGCUUCGACUUCCUCAACGCGUCCGACUGGGAGGAGGAAGAGGAGAAGGGCAAGAAGAGCGGAAGUGGCAGGUCUCUGCAGGAGGGCGGCUGGGACAGCCCCCCCUCCCCCCUCACCACGGGCUGCACCACCUUGGACGGCUGCCUGGUGGUGCACCUGAAGAACUGCAGCACCCAGCUGUUGCGUCUGGGCGUGUUUGGCCCGCUGCGCUGCCGGGAGAUGUACGCCUUGGACCGACUGCUGAGGGAGGCUCGGGUGCUGGAGGCCGUUCGACGCGUCGCCGCGGACGAGCCGAGGCGCCGCCGGGCGUCCGAAGUGGUGCCCCAGCUGGGUCUGUGCCUCGGUUCCGUGUCGCUAUGGCAACGGUGUGUGGGCCAGGGCAGCGUGUACAGCGUGUCGGCGGAGAGCUUCCUGGACGCACUGUCCACCACCUACUCCGGGGUCCUGCCCGAGAGGGCCGGCAACAUGGCCGACACAGUCUUCCUGACCCUGGUGGAGCGCGUGCUGGACCAGCGGUUGCCGCGGCGCGACGGCAGCAGGGACGCGGCGACGGUGACCCUGUUCCAGUGGUGGAGUUACCUGGAGGCCAACAGCGUCGCAGAGAUGGAGACGCUCGUCACGGAGCUGGCAGAGGAAGUGUGGUUGGCGCGGAGCCUGGCCUCGCGGGACCAGGACGCGAUCGUGCGCGCCCUGCGCCGCCCCGCGGAGCGCGGCCUGCAGGGGGAGGGGCUUCACGCCGUGGCCAAGCUGCUGAAAGACCCCCGAGGCAAAGUGUCGGCGUCCGCCAGCUCCGCGCUGAGGAGCCUGGCCGCGCGGCCCCGGCCCCGAGAGCAGGCUCUGGUCGGCUGCUUGGAGCUGCUGGAAGACGAGGACGUGGACGCCAGAGUGUGCGGAUGCAAGGCCUUGGCUUGUCUCAAGGCCAAAGAGAGCAUCGACCAGCUGGUGUACCUCUGUCGGACGGACAAGGACGAGGUGCGAGAGGCCGCCAAGCAAGCGCUGCUCGUGCUCGGCGAGGAGGGGAAGAUGGCCUACAGACACGUGGAAACGUCCCAGGACAGCGUACCGAGGCUCUUCGCUCCGGGAAGCAUGGCCAGCACUGCGUUCUAAGCCCUUCCCCCUGCACACACACACACACACACACACACCGUUUAACACUGGGCCACAAAAAUGUCUAAUGCGAGCAGGCGGGAACACCUGCAGGACGAAGGCUUGAGUGUUCACUUGAGUCUCAAGCGAUUUGAACUCGCUUUGUCGGGCGAUCGCCGGCGUCACGCCCCACUGAGUUCCCGGAAAAUGUUGCGUUUCUUGCGACGCGUGCCGCUACCGUUUCCCCCGGUGACGCGGUUAGGCAUGCACGGAGUGAACGUCCCAAGGUAAACAAGGGGUCCACUGCGUCCAGUCCUGCCUUUUACUGAAGCCCGCUGACUCUCGACUGGCUGCAGUCUAGGCUACUUGAGACCGGUCCACGGGGGCCGGAGUCGAGUCCAAGCGGAGCCAACGUGACCCAUUCCAAGUCCUCCACGCUGUAUUUUUAUUUUUCAUUUUCUCAUCUGCCUCAGCUGUCUUUGUCUGCCAACCUUGAUUUGUGACGACGGCUCCCGGGAAAACCGCGACGUAUUCAUUCUACAAGUACGCGACGGGCCUCCGGCACAACGGUGCCGACCUGCAGCUCUGUGCGCCGCCGCGAUGGAUUCACUUCUAACGGGAGGAAACGUUGCUUCGUUCUGAAAAAUGUAGCCGUUGGCGAGGAAAUACAUCUUGAAUAUCUAUUUUUUUUCCUCGGAGCAUAAACCACCGGCACCGUGACCAAGCGCCUGGAAUCAUCAGAUUCAGCACUUCUGGCCUCCCGGCUGGUUUAACGCCCGGCUCGAGGGGGUGCGACUCGACUCUCAGGCCUCCGUGUGGGACGGUGGUGGUGUAGUGGCAGCAGGUGAAGGACCCCCCCAGAGGCUGACGGUGUCGAGCUGUGGUCGAGGGUGGUUCAGCGACUCAGUGCCAUUGCCACAAUAGUGACGUAUCUUAUUUUUUUUAAUGGAAAUACGUAUAUGACGGUAGAUUUUGUUUUUUAAAUCCCAACAGAGUCUUUAUUUGUGUACUUGAUUGGAUGCGUUUCUACUCUUUUCUGCUGCAGUCGUUGCAGAUUGUUUAUGAUGUUCUGUUGAAUAUGUAUUUGCCUCUGUUGUGUUCGCUUUGACGUCCAUAAACAUUUGAGCAGGAAUGAUCCUAAUAGAACCGAAUAGAAUUCAAUAUUCCACAUGCAUGAAAUCGUACAUUACAAAAGGGCCAUGACAGAGCUUUUGCCGCUUUUAUGCCAUUUACUUAAAAAUGACGUACUAAAACCCGAGGAACGUUUUCAUCACGAAGUACAGAAGAUUAGUAUUUGACCGUCUUGACCGCGUGCAAUUGUUGUAUAAUAAGAUGACGACCUCACGACGCGAGUAUUUCUUCAUUAUUCUCAAGUAGCACCUCGUGAUUGUGAUUUUUUUAUUUUUUUCUAAAUCAUCAUUUAACUUAUACGGGAUACUAAAAUAACAAAAUAAAAACAGCGAGCGUGAAGUCAAGAACGUGGUUUUUUUUUUUUAGUAAAUGGGUAGAAGGGCGCAAAAAGCCUGGUGUCAUUUAGAGAAGCGGCGGUUCCCAGAGAGUCGAGAUCGUGCUGAAACGGCUCCGUUAAUCCGGUUUAUUUUAAGUGCGUUUCAUUUGUUCCACGGUGACGCUGCACUUUUGCCUUUUGUUCAUUUCCUGUGUCUCAUUCUCAUUCUGUAUCAUGAGACGAGACCACUUCCUCAUCCGGACGGAAACAUCUGUGCAUAUGACUGAUAACGUUCGGACAUUCACGUUUCACUGGAUGCAUUGUGAUUAACUUAUAUUUGCAUAAUCGAUGCAGUAGCUAGAGUUGGUGUGGAGGAUGUGAGUGGCAGGAGGCCUCAGGCCCCUAAUACACGUACAACGUGCCAAACGGCUUUGACUGAGCGACGCGUUCGGAGGAAUCCGAUCGGUAGCUGCUGUGCUCGUAAUGCAUCGACCAUCUUCGACCAUGGUCGCCAUAUUUAUUCAGAGUAAUGGUUCAAUUUACCUGGAAGAUUGAAGCAAUACUAUUAUACAGAGGUGCCCUCAGCUGAAGGCAUUCGUAGUCGACUAAUACUGAAACUUAUAUUUAUUGCUGGCUAUAAUUUGACACGUAAAAGAUCUAAUUUUCCUCCUGUGUUUGAGAGAGAUUUCAUUCAUUCGCAGUCAUGUGGAAUCACAGUAUAAGGAUUGUCCGCGUUUUAAGUGCCUCAAGGUUUGACAAUAACAGAUGCAAAAAAAUAGAUGAUAUACUUUAUUUAAGAAUGGAGAAUUGAAAAAACAACAACAAUGCAGCACACUUUAUAUUUCCCCCCACAAAUGAAAUCAAUUGUACAGGAUCCGGAUGUGGAUUUUGUAUUUUGUAUUUUCUAAAAAGCAUUUUGGUUUCAGAUAUAUACAACGUAUUAAAAUGUCUUUAAAAAAAAUGCC